UUAAUCAACCAAAAUUGGUGGACUACUAGAAAAUUUAGGCAAAGCUCAGAUGGCAGAAAGCGAAGGUAAUUAGCAUUUGGGAUUCGGAUCCAAAACGACAGCGUUUGGAUCUUAGGGUUUCCCAACGUUAAAGAAAGAAAACCUAAUGGCGUGAGAAGGCCCCUCCGGCCUCCGCUCCAAUUGUGAAAUAAAUAGCAUUAGUUAGAGCAACCCAAGCCUACCUCUCUUUGAUUUCAUUGUAAAUUUUAACAUUGUUGUCUUUUAAUUGUCCCUCUUCCUCGUUAGUUCUUCCUGGGCAGCCUCUUAAUUCUUUCAAUUUCUAACCUUCCAAGAUAAAAGGAUGGGGCUGUCUUUUGCUAAGCUGUUCAGUCGACUGUUUGCCAAGAAAGAGAUGCGAAUUCUUAUGGUUGGUCUUGAUGCUGCUGGUAAGACUACCAUUUUGUACAAGCUCAAGCUCGGAGAGAUUGUCACUACAAUCCCCACUAUUGGGUUUAAUGUAGAGACUGUGGAAUAUAAGAACAUUAGCUUCACUGUUUGGGAUGUUGGUGGUCAGGACAAGAUUCGACCUUUGUGGAGGCACUACUUUCAAAAUACUCAGGGGCUGAUCUUUGUUGUUGAUAGCAACGACCGUGACCGUGUGGUUGAGGCCAGAGAUGAGCUUCAUCGUAUGCUUAAUGAGGAUGAGCUGAGGGAUGCUGUGCUGCUUGUAUUUGCAAACAAGCAAGAUCUACCAAAUGCUAUGAAUGCUGCUGAGAUCACUGAUAAGCUUGGUCUUCACUCCCUCCGCCAGCGCCACUGGUAUAUCCAGAGUACAUGUGCCACCUCUGGUGAAGGGCUGUAUGAGGGACUGGACUGGCUCUCCAACAACAUAGCUAACAAGGUAGGUUGAAGCUGACUUGUGCUUCCAUUGUGGAUAUAUUGUUCUGUUGUAAUUUCUUGCUGGUUGGUCGAAUUUCAAUUUCUUGCUUUCUUUUUAUAUUUCCCAGGCUUGAUGGUUGGUCGAGUUUAAGUGACCUCAGUCAGCCAUAUUUGUGAAAUUUGAUUUUUCGUCAAUGUAAUUUUUCUGUUGUUGAGUUUUUAUGUUCUUGUAAGUUUUACAAGAAAUGUAUCAGAUUGUGUUACAUAUUUUUAUUGUAUUAGAAAUAGGCAUUUGGCCCGUCUUGUAGAUUGAUUUGAAAUAAUCUUUGUU